GCGCAAGUUUGUCAACGAAGUGCGUCGAUGUGAGGAGAUGGACCGCAAGCUUCGGUUUGUGGAGAAGGAGAUCAAGAAAGCCAACAUUCCAAUGGUGGACACGGGAGAGAACCCAGAGGUCCCCCCCCCUAGGGACAUGAUUGACCUGGAGGCCACUUUUGAGAAGCUGGAGAAUGAGCUGAAGGAGAUCAACACCAACCAGGAGGCCCUGAAGAAGAACUUCCUAGAGUUGACGGAGCUCAAGCAUAUCCUGCGCCGCACUCAGCAAUUCUUCGACGAGAUGGAGGACCCCAACCUGCUGGAGGARUCGUCUACCCUGAUGGAUCCCGCUGAAGCAGGGACCCGUCCUCCUCUCAGACUGGGGUUUGUUGCUGGGGUGAUCAGCAGGGAGCGCAUCCCUACGUUUGAGAGGAUGCUGUGGAGGGUUUGCCGUGGUAACGUGUUCCUGAGGCAGGCAGACAUUGAAGACUCRCUGGAGGACCCUGCCACGGGUGACCAGGUCUAYAAGUCUGUCUUCAUCAUAUUCUUCCAAGGAGAUCAGCUGAAGACUCGGGUUAAGAAGAUAUGUGAAGGGUUCCGAGCRUCACUGUACCCCUGUCCAGAGACCCCCCAGGAGAGGAAGGAGAUGGCUGCAGGGGUGGCCACCCGUAUCGAUGACCUGCAGAUGGUGCUGAACCAGACGGAGGACCACAGACAGCGGGUCCUGCAGGCUGCAGCCAAGACCGUCAGGGUGUGGUUCAUCAAGGUGAGGAAGAUGAAGGCCGUCUACCACACCCUGAACCUGUGCAACAUCGAUGUCACACAGAAGUGUCUGAUCGCCGAGGUGUGGUGCCCCGUGUCAGACAUGGACUCAAUCCAGUUCGCCCUGCGGAGAGGCACGGAGAAGAGUGGUUCCACCGUCCCCUCCAUCCUCAACAGGAUGCAGACCAAGCAGACCCCGCCCACCUUCAACAAGACCAACAAGUUCACCUCGGGCUUCCAGAACAUCGUAGACGCCUACGGUAUCGGCAACUACCGCGAGAUGAACCCAGCCCCAUACACCAUCAUCACCUUCCCCUUCCUAUUCGCUGUCAUGUUUGGGGACCUGGGCCACGGGGUGCUCAUGACCUGCGCUGCCCUCUACCUGGUCCUGAGAGAGAGCCGCCUGGUCGCCCAGAAGAACGACAACGAGAUGUUCAGCAUGGUGUUUGCUGGGCGCUACAUCAUCCUACUGAUGGGCAUCUUCUCGAUCUACACCGGCAUCAUCUACAACGACUGCUUCUCCAAGUCACUCAACCUGUUUGGCUCUGGYUGGAGCGUCAGGCCCAUGUUCGACCUCCGCGUUAACAACCUCACCUGGUCGUUUCAGACACUUGAUGAAAACAAGGUUUUACAGUUGGACCCUGCAGUACGAGGAGUCUUCAAUGGACCUUACCCCAUUGGCAUUGACCCAAUCUGGAACAUCGCCACCAACAAGCUGACCUUCCUCAACUCCUUCAAGAUGAAGAUGUCAGUGAUCCUGGGGGUCAUCCACAUGCUGUUUGGAGUGUCUCUCAGUCUCUUCAACCACCUGUAUUUCAAGAAACCCCUGAAUAUCUACCUGGGCUUCAUAGCUGUCAGAGGUUCUGUGGACCAUGGUGAUGCACCUUGGCCUGUCCUCCAGGAGCUUUGGGGGUUUCGUUGYCCUGUCCAUCAUCUUCGGGGCCUUYGCCGUCCUCACUGUCUGCAUCCUGCUCAUCAUGGAGGGCCUGUCUGCCUUCCUGCACGCACUGCGUCUGCAUUGGGUGGAAUUCCAGAAUAAGUUCUACGUAGGCCAAGGCUUCAAGUUCCUCCCGUUCACCUUUGAAAGCAUUCUGGAGGGAAGGUUUGAGGACUGAACACUGUCCUGACCACUGCUUCUAUAACCUCUCUGUUUCUCUUGACAGCCAAUGUGAUGUUGGUGUAAGGUAGACGCCACCCACCCUGGGUGUUGCCACAGGAUCCCAUGUGAUUAACUCUGAGCUUGCUGGUCAGGAUCUUGGGUAAAAUAGCUCUUUUUGAAAAUCUGAAGUUGAUCACAUCUGUAUUUCAUAUCCUGGUGCCGUGAUUGUUUUGUUUGUUCGAUAAAUUAUUUAAUGUGUUUUUUGUUGUGAAACCUGUCCGAUGAUGUGUUUGAACCUCCCUGUGAGAAUUGCACUUCUGAUCAUUGUAAACGAGGACUAGCUUUCCGGUAGUCUAAAUUUAGUUAAUCUACAGAUUGUCAUUGAUACAGUAGAUGUCCAUGGAAAAUGAGAGAAAAUGGCACCAGGCUCAAAUCCAGUAAAGGCGAUUACUGGAGGUCUUUAAGUGUUUUAUUUUUUUAGUUGUCCCUUGUUCUUAUGUUCUUUAUUUUUUUACUUUUUUAGUUGUCCCUUGUUCUCCCUCUCUCGUCACUGCUCAUAUUAAUACACAAAAUGUUCACCCACACAUUCUCUGCAACACAUAAAAUCAGACAGACCUCUACUGUAAAAAAGUCUAAAGGGAUUGAGUUCUACCAUACAAUGACUCAUGCUAGCAGUUUCUUUAUGCGACGCAGUGAAUUGAAUCUCUUAUGUAUCUAUACGAUCUUGACACGUCCUAUCAUUUUCUGCCGUUUUGACCUGAUGUGUUCUAUACUGACUGCACUGUUUUGGUCUACAUAUCUGUGAUAUGCAGUGAACUUUGGGUAACCUGUCUGUCACGUGUCAUAUUAGUGUGGAGUAUUUCAAUAGUGUAGAAAGUAGCUGGAUUUUCUGUGAUAAUCCGUGACUAUGAGAUUAUUGGUCAUUGUGUGUGUUGUUUUUGUUCCACACCUGUCUAAUUAAGUGUGUACACCGUGAGUUAUAGGCCCGUGUGAGGGGAGAGGGAAGGACAAACCACACAACGGGAAUAUGUAAAGGGGAUCAGUGUAUCGUCAUAAUUGUGAGACAUCAGCUAAAUCUGUAUAUGAGGGUGGUUGCAUUGAGAAUCUGUCUGUAUGUGUUUGUCAUUAAACAGGAAAGAGCUGGUUAAACAAA